UAUUCGCAUAUCAGUGAGUACUUCCAUUGAAUAAACCGCGGUCUGAGACAUCGCGUUCAUAUCAAUUGCAGCCAUAUUAUUCAAACCCAAAAUGACGCCAUAUGUCGUAAACGAGGAUGAGAACGAGGGGGGCCCCGUGGCCCAGAAGCCCAAGUCCAUCAUGGUGGGCCCCUCGAACGGCACCGUGAACGGUGCUGCCAACGGCGACUUGCCUCAGAAGGCUGCUCCUCUGAACGGCAACGCCGUCAAGUUGCAAUCGAGAGAGGAGGAGGCUGUGGAAACGCCGGAUAGCCUGCCAUCUCGAUCUUCCGUAUCCGGGAGGAGCAUCAUCGGAAACGGAAAGAACGGAAAAAGCGGAGCUUUGAAAAGGGUGUCUUUCGGCAGCUCGAAGGGCUCCAUGGUCGAGACCCUGGUCUACGAUCAUCAGGAAGACCUUGCGGAGUUGCCGCCCUUUCUUGUCGCAGCGCCAAUCACUAAUGGGGAGGAAUCUCGAUUGCAACCAGCUAAGGUUCGGGUGAAGUUUUUCGAGAGUCAGCACGUGGCGCAGGUUGCCUGUGCACCUCCCUCCCCUGACGUCACCUUAGACUUCGGAUCAGACACCAUGACGUCACCAACGCUGGAUCAUUCGCCGGAUUACCACAGGCAGAUCAGUCACGAAAGUGGGAUAGACAACCCUUUCCGACCUGACGGCGAGUUGAGUCGAGAGGCAGACACCAUAGUGAGCCUGAUCAAGGAGGGUAAGCCUAUCACCCCAGUCAAGAUGGACGAGGCCGAUCUGGACGGAGUCGUCUUGAACGGUUUUCCUCAGACAGACCAAAUGGACUCUAUGUUGCUGUCUGGACCAUCGGCCAACGGCAAAGAGGUCAAAGAAGUGGUUGUCACCCCUCAUACAGCAUCGUCGCCACUGGGCGCCAAAUCUGGUGCCAACGGGCGCACCCCAAAGGAUUCGCCAGCAGGAGUUGUCGAAAUACAGCGCGGUGUCAUAGUGCCGCCCACUGACGCCCCAGCCGUGGAACAGGUAGUUAUAAAGAAGAAGCCAAAGUGCAAGUGUUGUGUAAUUCAGUAGGAGAGGACACUUUCUCCGAAAUGGACCCUUAAAGAUUCGAUAAAUAUAUAUAUUAUGGCGGCCUAUUUGUGCGCUGGGUCGUCUCAUACAGCUUAUAUUUUCCACUCUGUGUACCUAUCUUCAUGGACUUGAUAGUGACUGCGCCUUGCAGAUGGGAGCUAGUAUAUUUGCUGGAGUCACUGCAGUAUUCCUCCAAUACGAAUGGACAUCAGCGGAUAACACGUUUCCUGAAAUUGUCAGAAAAUCAACAGUGAUGGCGCUGAAUUUUUGUUUUGUGCCCGUAUCGAACAUCGCUGCGCCUUAGAUGAUGGAACGGGAACUCCGUAUAUCCAUGACCAAGUUGAGCUGUUUCCAUGCUUCAUUGCAGUAAUACUGAAGUUGUGAUGGACAUCGCCAAUUUACUAAGCUGAGCUAGUGUUGCUGUGUUCCUCAUUUUUAUUACUGUAGUACAGACACGUGGAGGGUUUCUGGAGCGGUGGAUUUGCUACGGGAAACUAUGUGACGCUAUUUUGAAAUCGUUCGUCGUCGAGAGUGCGAGAAGUGCUAAUUAAACUAUUACACAUUUCUAAUGAUCAUUUUAUUUUCAGCAAUUGCAAUUUUACGCUUUUCGCCUUUUAACAUCAUUUAAAAGAUUUAGCUGUACAAUAUUACAAACGUAUGGCUAAGUGAUAUUGCUUGCUUUUCCAAACUAGUUGUUCAGGUGGUUAGCAAUAGUGUUCCAAAAGUCAUAUACGUCAUCGUACAUUCUUAUGUUCAACUUCAUGUUUUAACCAAAUGUGAUAAUAUAAGAAUGGUACAUUCAAUAUUUUCAUUUUUGUCGGCGUGAUUUAAAAUCAGUAUAAAUAAAUUGCACGAUCACUAAUAAGUAUAAAAAAAAAAA